GAGGAGACAUACACCAUGGCAGGACGUCCUGGAGGUUAUUACGGCUACGGCGGCCCGCCGCCCCCGCCCCCGCCGGGCCAUCCCCCACACAUGUUCCCCGGCCCUCCCGGGGUCAUGUACUACCCCGUCCACCCCGCCUACUUCUACCCUUACCCUCCCCCGCCCGAACCGGUCCAAGUGGUGGACAGCCCGCCCGAGGAGGCCGUCCCGGAACUGCCCGGAGAGACGGUCGAGCUGCCGUGGAGUACAUACCGUUGGGUCCCAGCAUGCCUAAGCCAGCGCAGCAUCCCGCCGGGCGCGCUGCGCGUGGGCACGGACGCGGACGGAGAUGAGAUCUUCGCGGGGCGCGCACCGCAUGAGGGCGACAUCCUGCCCGCCAAAGUCAUCCCCAACAAGAACGCCUGCUACGUCGCACACAACGGGGAGGAAGUUCUGAAAGAUCAGUUUGAGGUGCUGGUGCCAGCGAUGUUCUCGUGGCAGUUCUCCACGAACGGCGCGGUGCCACCCGGCGCAGUGGAGGCGGGCGUCACCGCCGACGGCGAGAAGCUGUACUUCGGCCGCGUCACACACGACGGCUGCGUCACUCCCGGCAAGAUUCACCCCAGCCACGAGACGUGUUACUACCCGUUCGACGGCGAAGAGAGGAGCUCGGCCGAGUACGAGGUGCUCGUGCUCAUGUAGAUAAUAGUCAAUACCAUAGGGAUCUACAGUCUUGGAUAAUUCCAAAGAUACCGAACUAGGUAAGGUAAACGUACUAGUGACAUGCUAAUGCCCAAUAGACGACACCUUGCUGUCACCUCUAGUCCUCUAUUGACAAUGACUUAAGUUUCAAGAUGUCAUAUUGUAUUGGGACCGCGUCGAGUAUCAGUACGUUUACCUUACGACAUAUUUUGUUAAAAAAUAAUGUUUUCGGCUAGGUUACCUAUCGGCUGCAGAAUUGUCGGAAGUAAUACGUAAAUGUACUUGCCAUUUUAGUUGUUUAUAAUUGUGAUUAUCCCCAGUGAUAUUUGAA